GAUAAAUCCGCGGUCACACUGGUUGCGCUGAAUUCUUAAAAAUUUGUUUGCAGCAGCGACGAAAAUGAUGCAGAUGAAAGAGUACAAGGAGGUGCCUCAGGACGUUCCUCAGGACGAUACUGUGGUGCGUCAGCCCACGUCUGCAGAUGCUGUCAGGAUACCAUCUGGACCUGAGAACUGGAUGUCAAUACCCGUGGGCAUGCCCAACUGUCCCCAAGGACUCGAAUAUCUGACGGCUCUGGAUCAAUUGCUGGUGUCACAGAAAAUCGAAAAACUGGAGCUCCUCACCGGCUUCGAGACGAAGAACCGCUUCAAAAUUAAAAAUUCGCUGGGACAGAAUGUUUAUUUCGCUUACGAGGAGAGCGACUGCUGUACCCGUAACAUGCUGGGCAGAGCGCGGCCCUUCGAGAUGAAGAUCCUGGACAACUUCCAGAACGAGGUACUGCACCUAACCCGUCCGUUUCGCUGCGAUGUGCUUUGCUGCUUCCCUGACUGCUUGAACGCUGUGGAGGUGUCGGCGCCGCCGGGACAGGUUAUUGGAACAGUGGAGCAGGUCUGCACAUUCCUACGACCAAAAUUGAACAUCAAGAACUCGUUUGGCGAUACUGUUUUGCACAUCGAGGGCCCCAUCUGCCCCUGCAAGUGCUUCAGUGAUACCAAUUUCAAGGUAUUGAGCGCCAAUAACGAGGAGAUCGGAAAGAUAAGCAAACAGUGGUCGGGCCUGGGCAGAGAGCUGUUCACCGAUGCAGACUAUUUUAGCGUCACGUUUCCCCUGAACCUGGAUGUGCGCAUGAAGGCCCUCAUAUUUGCAGCACUCUUUCUGAUUGAUGUGGUCUACUACGAGCACUAAUCCUGAUGCCACAAUUCGAUUUAUGGACAAACACACACACACACACACACACACACAUUAUAUUUGCCGACUGCUUAGUGGUUAGACGUGUUGCAUCGUCAUAGCAUUUAGGGUUUUUUUUACACAUCACUUAAUCGCAACCAACCGCAUUUUCUGGGAAUAUGAGAACGUGCAACUUUUUGAUCAACUUGGAAUCUCCCACGUAAACCGAAACUGGAUGUGAAUGGAAUCUCCCCUCUGAGGGAAUGGAUUGGAAUGAUUUGCAUACAUACAUCGUAUGUACUCGCGCACAAUGUUUAAUUGAAAUGCCGCUGAGUCGUUGCCUUUUCUGGCUUGGCAUUUAAAUCGCACAAAAUCUGUAGCACUGAAACACACACACGAACAAAAACGAGAACGAGUGCCUUAUGACGUCCUAGUUGUUCCCCCACGGUUCCCCAAUCUAUAUACCUCGACAUAGCUUUGUUCUACCCAAAGGUCGGAUCGGAGCACAGCAGGAAUACUUAAUAACAGCAACAAUUGCGUACCUAACUAAAUGGUUAACCUAUUUGUAAUCUGACACACAACAUAUUAUCGAAUAUUUUUAUAU